CACCGAUUGAAUACACCAACGUAGUAAGUGACAGUCUGGUGAUGUUAUCUCCACAACGCACAUCUCUCUUAUUCAGCGCUUAUCUCUCUUUUCACUUUUCUCUCUAGAAAUCUCUCUUUUCCGGUCUCUAUCUCUCUCUGUGUAGAUUGUAAUCGUCAUCAUGUCGUCGCUUCGAAGAUCUUACCUCUCGCGGAGGAUCAUCCACCGUUCCUUCGCACUCUCGUCGAAGUCCCUCAAGGAGCUGGAGUCCGUCGCCGGCGACGGUGAUAUUCAGCCGGCGGGGGAAAACGGCGGGCAGCAGCCAUGCGGCGGAUCCGGAGGUUCGUGGGCGGGGAUGCUUCCGGAACUUCUCGGAGAGAUCAUACAGAGGGUUGAAUCGAGCGAGGAAAUGUGGCCGCAGCGGCGGAGCGUAGUCGCCUGCGGCUGCGUCUGCCGGGGGUGGAGGGAAGUCGCCGUGGAUGCGGUGGAGAGGGCUUCCGUCCGCCAUCCGGGGAAGAUCACCUUUCCUUCUUCUCUGAAAAAGCCCGGGCCUAGAGAGUCUCCAAUUCAAUGUCUUAUAAAACGUGACAAGAAGAAUGCCACAUUUUACCUAUAUCUUGGACUGACGCCAUCAUUCAUGGAUAAAGGGAAGUUCCUGCUGGCUGCACGAAGAUACCGAAAUGGUGCACGCACAGAGUACAUUAUAUCUCUUGACGCUGAUGACUUCUCUCCAGCAAGCAAGGCCUAUGUUGGGAAAUUGAGGUCAGAUUUUCUCGGAACAAAUUUCACGAUAUACGACAGCCAGCCACCACACAGCGGAGCAAAACCGUCGAGCAGUAAGUCAGAUCGACGUGUUGCCAGCAAGCAGAUAAGUCCCCAAGUCCCAGCUGGCAACUUCGAAAUCGGUCAAGUUUCGUACAAAUUUAACCUCUUGAAAUCGAGAGGCCCCAGAAGAAUGGUUUGCUCAGUUUCUUGCCCGUUUUUUCCAGAGAAAGAAGCAAAAUCAACUCAUAAAGAUCCCGAUUAUUGUUAUUCUUCCAAAAUGAAGAAACCAGAAUCUACUGUUCUGAAAAACAAAGCUCCAAGAUGGCACGAGAACUUGCAAUGCUGGUGCUUGAACUUCCACGGUAGAGUAACUGUUGCAUCUGUAAAGAAUUUUCAACUUGUUGCGAUAGUUGACCAAAGUCAACCCAACGGGAUAGGUGAUGAAGAGACUGUGCUUCUACAGUUUGGGAAAGUGGGAGACGAUACUUUCACGAUGGAUUACAGGCAGCCUUUGUCGGCUUUUCAGGCUUUUGCUAUUUGCCUGACGAGUUUCGGAACAAAACUGGCGUGUGAGUGAAUUUGGUUUGGUUGGUUACUUGUGGCCAUCGAGCUUCAAGAAACUUGAUUUUCUACAUACUUAUGUGUUAUCAUGAUCUGAUGAUGAAAAUAAUGUCGUGUAUAUAGUUUAGUUUGGUUGCGCUUAUUGUCUACAAAUUGUAUCAGCGAAGGAUUUUUACUCUGUAACAUGUUCGAGUUGAAAAAGUUCUGUAAAAAUUGAAAUUAUCGAUAAAGUUAUGAACAGCAAUUGGAGCACAUAAAUGCUGGAAAACCCUUACAUGUUAAAUUGUGCUAAACCAACCCAAAGAUUCUUCUUUGAUUUUGCUUUAU